UGAUCAACAUCUUAUAUAGGAACGUACCAUUGCUUAAACCUCUCUCUCUCUCUCUCUCUCUCUCUCUCCGAAACAGUGAAGCAAUGGAGGAAGACGAUUACCAGGAACGCCUUCGCAAGGAGGCAGAGGAGGAAGAAGCAGAGGAGGCUGCGUCACUCUCCGACUUCCCUCUAAACGCCAAUGACCGAUCUGAUGCUCCCUCCUCCUCUCAACCUCCUCUCUCCUUCGAGUUCUCCAGUCACUCUAUUGACAAUCCUGAUAUUGUUCCCGCUGACGACAUCAUCUUCUGCGGCAAGCUCGUCCCUCUGAAACAACAACCUUCGACCUCCCUCACCAAGCCCCACAAGAUUCCCAACACCAACUUACGCCGCCGAUCCGAAUCUCUCUCCGAAUUACACUAUACCAAUCGAUCCAACAGCACCACCAGUUUCCGGUUCACCAGGAACAGCCGUUCCUUAGACUUCCAGAAGCUUGCGAGUCGAUCGUCGAGCUCGCAGGCCUCGCCGGCGUCGGAAAUUGACCGGAACUCCUCCGUGAAAAGUGUCGGAAAGUCUGAUGCGACGUCGGUUCGAAAGGCGCCCAAGUCUCGGUGGUACCAACUGCCGAUGUUCGGAUUGGUAAAGUUUCCGCCGGAGAUGGAGCUGAAAGACAUCAAAAGUCGACAGUCUCGCCGAAACCCAACAGCUCUGUUCCCGCCGGCGGAUCCCGGCAUGAAGGUUCCGAUCAGCCGGAGCGCCGGGAAGGGACCCUGGACGAUUCUACGAGCGCUGAGCUGCAGGGACGAUGCCAGCGUUGCGGUGGCGACGUCGUUUCGCUGCAUACCGCAAGUCUGAGAGGUUGUAUCGCCCCAAGGGGGAGGGGGGCACGUGAUCACUCCGAACAACUAUUCCACCCGCCCCCCAAAAAAGUUGGGAGUGUCUUUGACGUGAAGUUUCGUAUACAGGUAGGACGAAGAAAGGAUUAGGGCACAGUCGCAGGGACGAGGAAGGUUUGAUGAAAUUUGUGUGCAACCUACUGUUCGUAGAAAAAUUAAAGUUGGGGUAUGAAUAUUUUCUCUCAAUUGGGAAACUAGAAAAAUCAAAAGGGUAGGAAAGAGAUUAAGUUUUAGGUAGGUGUUGGCUUUUGGAAAUCUCAUUUAAAUUUAUGUAGAUCGGAAAGAAGCUUAUAGUAUAACUUUAAUAUUAUAUUUUGUUCAAAGUUAUGUGAAUUUAAAUAUCAGAUUUGAAUUUCAUACUUUCAAA